AAAAGGUGCAGCUACUGAGCGGGUUCUCCAGAAGCAGCGCACACAAACACACACAAGAAACACCUGAGGGACUGUUCCAGCUCUGCUAGCAAGUGUUGGUGAUCGAUGGCACCUCCUCCCCACGAGAACGAGAUGACCAGGUCGGAGUCGGCACCGGCCACGGCGGUGAAGACGGUGGACGUGCAAACGGCGGCGACACCAGCCGUGGGGGUGACGCCGGUGGACGUGCAGACGGCGGCGACACCGGCCGUGGGGGUGACGACGGUGGACGUGCAGACGGUGACGCCACCGGCCGUGGGGGUGACGACGGUGGACGUGCAGACGGCGGCGAUACCGGCCAUGGCGGUGACGACGGUGGACGUGCAGACGGCGGCGAGGGAGCUUCAGGAGCAGCAGGACGGCAUGAUGUACCUGGACGUGAGGACGGAGGAGGAGAUGGGGAAGGGCCACAUCGGCGGCUCCCUCAACGUCCCCUACUUCUUCGUCACACCACAAGGGACCCGGGAGAAGAACCCACGGUUCGUGGAGCAGGUCGCCUCGCUCUACACCACAGAGCAACACAUACUUGUCGGGUGCCAGAGCGGCAAGAGGUCAGAGCUGGCAUGCGUUGAUCUCCUAGCAGCAGGGUUCAUGAAUGUGAAGAACGUGGGAGGCGGCUACGCUGCUUGGCUGCACAACGGACUCCCAGUGACAGUGGCAGUCCCCACGCCGCCACCAACACCUGAAUCUGCUGCAGCAAUCUGAAACAACUGGUAGUAUUAUCUGUAACAUCUAUCAACUCUGCAGCCACCAGUUCUGUGUGGUGCUCUCUGCCUGUGUAUAAUGCAUCUAUGAAUGCAAGUCCAAGUGGAUCGAUCGAUGGCUGUGAUAAUAAAACAUAUCAGUGUGCCUGCCACAGUAA